ACAUUUCAAAACCCAAAAUGGCAAAAUUGAAUUCCGAUUAUAUCAUUGCGGAGAUCUAUCGGCGCUAAAAAAAGAAAAUACCCAAAACGAAUUACUCUAUUUUGGGUAAUAGAGAUCUUCAACACUUUCACCUUUCCACUUCCAAUCAUUUCCCCUCCAAAAAUCAUCUUCAAACCGCUUUGAAUGAAGUAAAAAACAAAGGGGUUACUCUCUGCUCAUUGUAUUUUGGUGGAAAGCAGCUGAUUUCAAGCACAUUUUGUGGUAAUUCUGAUUCAUAUUUCUGGACUAAUUUCAUUCCCAAGUUGAAAUCUUUAAAUUUUCUGCUCAUUUAAGAUUCUGGGUGUUGCUUAAUUUUUGGUGGGUUUUAAUAGAUAUGAAUUUCUGCUGAUUUGGUUUUAGAUUUUUCGAUCUAUUGCUUAGUUUUUCAUGUAAUCUGGGUUAGAUCUUCAUGGUAUGAUAUUGGAUGAGUUGGGCAAAUUUGAAGUGUUAAAUUGGAAAUUUAUGCUCCCAAAAGUUUGGAAAUGGGGUUUGGGCAUGGUUUAUGCUGCUGUGGUUUCGAAAAGUAUGCGAGAAGUUAGUGUUUGAUGUGAAUUGUAGAUUGAUUUCUGCAUUGGGGUUGUAGUUUUACUGAUAUUGUUUGAAGAAGAAGUUUUGGAGUGAGAAUCUGAUUGUCUUCUUUAGAAAAAUCAAGUGUUCCUAAAAUUGGAUUUCAGGGAUAAAUACAAGUAUCUGCCUGUGUAUUGAGGGUGACUAGAUUAGUUUAAAUGGCUUCCAUUAGAAGAACACUUUCUCCGGUUCCACGACCAGGUUCGAGAUCAAAUGGUGAAGCCUGCUCGGUGGCUUCUCCGUUAUCCAAAUCAUCCUCAGCUGAGAAGAACCCUCUACAGCCUAGUGGAUUAUCGUAUUCGUCUUUUAACUCGUUGGAGUAUGCAUUGUAUAGGGUGCAUAAUUUUGUUCUUGGUUUGUUCUCACAUAGAUCAUCGCGCUCCCUAGAUAGAUCAAAAUCGAAGGGGCAUGUAUGGAAGAGGGCUAUCCUGCAUUUCUCUGUCUUCUUUUUGUUUGGUGUCUUCAUUGGAUUGACUCCUUUUGGUACAUCGAAUUUUCCGGGAAGAAUUAUGCCCCAGCAUCAGACUCUCUUCUUUGACAUGAUCCCUUCUGCAGUUAGAUAUCAUUCUGUAAGUGCAAGAAAUGUUUCUUCUAUAGAUGAGACCCAACUGGAAAAUCAUACAUCAAUAGCUGGGACACAGGAUAUUGAGAAUGCUACUUUGCAAGAGCAACAUCAAGAGUCAAAAGUGCAGAUGGAAAGGAUGGCAAGCGAAACACUUACUGUUAAAUCAGACAUUGAGAAUCCACCAUUGGAAGCUCGUAAACUCUUGAUAGUUGUCACCCCUACAUAUCCUCGGCCAUUCCAAGCUUACUAUCUCAAUCGGUUGGCACAAACAUUGAAACUUGUCCCACCACCUUUGGUAUGGAUUGUCAUUGAGAUGAACUCUCAAUCUGCAGAAACAACACAGAUUUUGAGGAAGACUGGACUUAUGUACAGACAUCUGGUUUGCAAUAAGAACAUAACAGAUGUGAGGGACAGAUAUGUUCACCAGAGAAAUGUGGCUUUGGCACACAUUGAAACACAUCGUCUUGAUGGAAUUGUCUAUUUUGCAGAUGAUGUGAAUGUCUACUCUCUAGAUCUUUUUGCAGAGUUGAGGCAGAUAAGGAGAUUUGGGACUUGGAAAUUGGCCAAACUUUCAGUGAUUCGUGGUGCAACUUUUCAUGAUGGUCCUGUAUGUAAUGGGAGUCAAAUUAUUGGUUGGAAGACUGAUGAAAUGACUCGAAGAUUUCAUGUGGAUAAUUCCGGAUUUGCUUUCAAUAGUACCAUACUAUGGGAUCCAAAGAGAUGGCAUCGUCCUAUCCUUGAGCCUAUACGGCAGCUUGACACGGUGGAAGAGAAAUUCCAAGUGAGUACAUUUGUUGAGCAAGUUGUCGAAGAUGAAAGCCAAAUGGAAGGGUUGCUAGGGAAUUGCUCGAGCAUCAUGGUGUGGCGCCUUCCACUUGAAUCAUCUUCCUCAUCUUACCCUCACCAGUGGGUCAUAAGCAGGAAUGUGGAGAAGCAAUUAACAUCUAAAUAGUCUGAUUGAUCUAAAGUGAGAAGAAAGAAAAGUAGCUAUAAGCAUAUAACAACUGCACAAUCUACCUUUGGCAGCAGAAUCAAGGAUUCUUGUGCUGCGAUCAUGAAAUCAAGACACCAACUGCAGGUUAUACUAAGAUUAACGCCCCCCACAAGAAGAAGAUGGAGUGUAUCUAGGAUUUUAAAAUUUCCCCCGUAAGGUUAGGCAUUGUUUUUGUACAGAUCUUCAGUUAUGUUCUGCCCUUCGAGUUGGCUGACUUACUUUAUAUUGAUUUUUGCCUUUGUAAAGAUGCAGAAGUGCGUUGAAAUUUUAAUGCUAGGAUGUUAAAAUUGUUCAAACUAGAUUGAGUGAUCGAGGGAGUUGAUGCCCAUUUGUGCAUUUAUUCUUUGCUAGUCUCAGGCUCGUGAAAAAUUGUAACUCAUGUUGUUGGUCCUUGGUUGUGAGGAGGUUCAUUGAUACAUCUCUGUGCCUACAAGCUUUAUGCUUAUCAGUUAUAUCUUUCAUAUAUACCGUAGAUAUGAAAUUAUUCUGUAAUUUCUUGAAAUUCUUUGUUCCUUUUUGAAUUGUUUGAGAAUAAACAGCAAACUUGGAAGAUCAG